GGAUGCACUGGGAGUUCGAGAUUUGCAGAUAGUGACUGGUAAAUAUAGAGCAACAAGUUUAUACUACACAGCACAGGGAACCAUAGUAUCUUGUAGUAGCUCAUGGUGAGAAAGGACAUGAAAAUGAAUACACAUAUGUUCAUGUAUGACUGAAGCGUUGUGCUGUACACCAGAAAUUGACACAUUGUAAACUGACUAUACUUCAAUAAAAUAAAAAUUUAAAAACCUGAACAUUUAAAACGACCCUUGAGAGAAAUGGCCCCAUCUCACCAAAGGCAGGAAAACGCUGGGACACUACGGGGAGGAGGAGGCGAGAUGGCGCUGAGAGGACGGGGGAGCAGGAGGGCAGCUAUAGAGGGGCGCCAGGCAGGGGGCAAACGCGGAGAAGAGGGGACAGUUGCUCUGGCUCAAGGAACGCUUGCCAGCCAGAUGCGUGACGUGGCCCUGUGGCAUUUGGACAGGCCAGGGUGGGGCAGGGCUGAAAAUGGUCCAUGGGCUGACCUGGGCUUCUUUCUGGCUUCCAGCUGGGCUGGGGAUGGAGGGACACGUGUGUCCCAGCCUCCCCUAGCCAGUGUGAGCUGCGGAGCAACCUGGGCACAGGCUCAGCCGGGAAGGUCUGAAGCUUGGCCCCUGCCUGGAAAACAUGACGAUUAGGCAAGUUAAAUGGCUGAGAGGUGACACACACACUGGGGUGCAUCAUGAACCUCCUGGAUCUUGGCUAAUGAUGGAAGUGGACACAUGAAGGAUUCCUGGUGUGACAAGUGAAGGAUGACCAACUCUGAUGUUUAUAUUUUAAAACAUGUCAGACCUGUUUGAAUGAUUAUGAAUUGGUAACAAAGCAGAGAAUCAGAAGACAGAUCACAGGUUGCAGAAGACACAAGAUGUAGACUCCGCAAGCCUGCCCUCCGCCUGCCCCACCUGCUGACUCUGCAGAAACCUUCAUGCCGGCACUGAUGGUGACUGCCGUCCCCUUUCCCCCCGGUAACCAUAAGUUUGUUCCCUAUGUCUGUGAGUCUUUCUGUUUUCUAAAUAAGUUCAUUUGUGUCUUUUUUUUUUGAUUCCACAUAUAAAGUGAUAUCAUAUGGGAUUUUUCUUUUUCUUUCUGAUUUACUUCACUUAGAAUGAUGAUCUCCAGGUCCACCAUGUUGCUGUAAAGGGCAUUAUUUUAUUUACUUUUUUAUGGCUGAGUAGUAUUCCAUUAUGUAUGUAUACCACAUCUUUAUCCAUUCAUCUGUCAAUAGAUAUUUAAGUUGUUUGCAUGUCUUGGCUGUUGUAAACAGUGCUGCUGCAAACACUGGGGUGCAUGUGUCUUUUCAAAUUAUAGUUGUCUCUGGAUAUAUGCCCAGGAGUGGGAUUAUUUAUUUAUUUUUAAUGGCAGUGCUGGGGACUGAGCCCAGGACCUCGUGAAUGCUAAGCAGGCACUCUACCACUGAGCUAUACCCUGCCCCUUUAUUGACUUGAAUUGUCUGAGAGACCAUUGUCCAGCCCUGUCUCUUCUUUGUAGCAGUAGAUUGAGAAGAGAGGCUGGUUGAUGGCCAAGCCCACAGACAUAGCCUGGUUACAGAUCCUGCAGGUCGGGGGUGGGGGGGUAAGGAAACUGCUUCUCUUUCUCAUUCCUGAGACAGGGGUUACAUUUAUAAGAAAAGUUUAUCUCUACUUCAGGGCAUUGAUAAUGGUGCUUUUUUUUAAUGUGUUAAUAAAAACAUGACAAAGUGGAGCUGGGGAGGGUAUAACUCAAGUGGUAGAGCACAUGCUUAGCAUGCAUGAGGUCCUGGCUUCAAUCCCCAGUAACGCCAUUGAAAAAAAUAAUGAAUGAAUGAAUAAAUAAACCUAAUUAUCUCCCCCCACCAAAAAAAAAAAAAAGUAAAAACAAAACAAAACAAAACAUUACAAAGUGGUCAACAGGAUCAUGAAUAGAGCAAAUUAAAUCUUUUUAAAAAUUCUUUGGGGGAAGUAAUUAAGUGUACUUUUUUUUUUUUUUUUUAAUGGAAGUACUGGGGAUGGAACCUAGGGCCUCAUACAUGCUAAGCACGUGCUCUACCGCUGAGCUGUACCCUCCCCCCAGAGCAAGUGAAGGAUUUUGAAGGACAUUUCAUUUCCUCAUCCCCCCUCCUCUGCCCUGUGGGAUGCAAGUUGAGUAAAUCCUGUUUUAGAAGGGAGUGCAUGGCUCCAGACUUGAUGUCCUGCUCUUCAGAUUGUUAUUUAUCAAACUCUUUUUCUCACAUAUGGGAAGAAUUGUCACCUGGGGAAUGGCCGUGGGUCUCAACCCGUGGGCUCCAGCUAGUUCAAGGGCUUCCUGGUACAAAAGCUACUUAAACCCCUGGCUCCACAGAAGGCAGCAGUCACCACGGUAUUCUUUUAUGAUUUGUGACAAAAUCAAAGCAAAAAGAAUGACAUCAAUGACCAACAACAAAAAACAGCCCGAACUCCCUGGCACGUUCAUCAUCCUGGGCAGCUUUAUUCUCUGUAAAUGUCCCUCGUUGUUGGACUUUUUCAUUUAUUAAAAUAUCUCCCCAGAGGGGAGAGGGUACAGCUCUGUGGUAGAGCACGUGCUUAGCUUGCAUGAGGUUCUGGGUUCAAUCUCCAGUACCUGUUUUAAAAAAUUUUUUAAAUAAAAAUAAGUAUUUCCCCAGAUUUCAUUAUCACCUUCAUGGAUCACAGUUUAGGAGACUGGCAGGGAGGAGAUUUACUUUCCCAUUGCAUCUAAAAAGGAUGUAUUUUAUUUAAAACAAAGCUUUUCCUGAAACAAGAGGUGAUUUUUUUUUUUUAAUGCGGUCAAUGUGCAUUCCACACUGUUCCCCGCACGUACUAGGUAAGCCAACCACACUGCUAAAACAGAAGGCGGGAAACUCACGGGAUUUAUGGUCUGCCUAUUACACAGAAGCCUAUUACUCUGUUUAAGGAAUUAAAAAAGAUAUCUUGAGAUUGGAGGAUUAACUAAAAAUGUCAUUGUAGUUCGAAUAGACUUUCUUCCUUUGUAGGAAGUGUGCCAAGUUAUCUAGUUAAUGUUGUAUUUUAAACACACACAUACAAAUAUAAACAGUAUGGAAGGAUAAGAUGACAAAUGAUACUCCCUUUUCUAACUAAUUUUCAUAACAUACUCUCAGACUUCUUUUUUUUCCUUUCCCAUAUCUGGGCAUAUAGAUUUAACUCAUUCCUUUCUAUUAAACUUUCUGUUACAAAAAACAGAUCAAAAGGAGGUAGAGAAACAGUGUAAGGAACCCAAUCUAUCUAUUGUUCAGCUUCAAAAUAACCAGUAAUCUAGUUUGUAUUUUAUUUCCUACAUUUACAUUGUUCAGAGGCAAAGUCUAGAUGUAUCAUUUCAUUUGUAAAUAUUUCCUAAUCACCGUUGACCCUUGAACACCACCAGGAUUAGAACCGACACGCCGAACAGUGGAAAAUCCACUGAUAACUCACAGCUCCCCCCCCCCCCCCGUAUACCGGGUUCCUCCCUGCCUGCCACCAGGCCAGGCAGGUGGAGUCAGCCAACUCCCAAGUGUACUUACUACUGAAAACAUCCACGCCCAAGGGGGCCUGUGCAGUUCAAACCCGUGUUGUUAAAGGGUCGACUGUAUUUAAUUUUACUACUAGAUCUUAACUUUUUACAGUAGUGUUAGAUUAAUAGAAAAAUUGAGCAGAUAGGAGAGUUCCAUAUUGUAUCUUAGCAGUUUCCGCUGUCAUUGCGUCCUUUAUAGAGUGUAUUACAUACACUGUUGAUAAUCUGUAAAGUCAACAACCAACAGUGACACAUUACUAUGAAGCAGUCCCUACUUAUUCCCAUUUCCUUAAUUGUUACCAUCUAUCCCUUUUCUGUUCCAGGACCCCCACAUUGCCUGUCAUCAUUGCCACCUCCUUAGGCUCCUCUUGGUUGUGACAUUUUCCCAGGCUUCUAUAGGUUUUGAUGACCUUAACAGAUUUGAGGCGCACAGGAUGCCCCUUGUGGAAAUCGUGUAAAGUUUUCGCCAAGAUUAGAGUGGGAUUAUAGGUUUUUGGGAGGAAUAUCAGAGGUCAAGGACCAUUUUCAUCACAUCACGCAAGUUUUCCUCUCUCCAAACAAGUUGUUUCAGGUGUUGGAGCGUGCGUUUUCUGGAAAGAGGUCUUGAAUGGUGGGGGCAGGCACUCAGCUGGGGCUGAGGGUCCCACCGCCCGCUCCGUGAGUGGCUGCAUGGUCCCCCGAGGUGAGCAGGUGUGGUUCCUAGGGCUGGGGGAGACCUUGGCCUGGAGAGAGGGGCCUUCUAGAAGACAUGGAGGACGGUGGAGUCUUCCAAGCCCUCGUGGGUUAAGUUCUUCCGCCGCCCCACUUCAUCCCCUGCUCCCAUUCCCGGAUUCCCUCCGCUUGGCACCCAAGGAGCCCCAUCUGUGCAGCCGGCCAGAGACCCUGGCAAACUCCAGCCUAGCAGGCCUGGGGGGUGUUCCAGGCCCCUUAGCCCACAGAGUUGGUGACUGACAGCGUUCCUGCUCGGGGAUCGCUGGUUCGGAGAGGCGCUGGGACAUGGCGGCCCCGGGGAUGCAGGUCUGGGCACGUGGAAGGGGUGGGGCCAGGCAGUAGGAGGCCGCCUUCCCCAGCUCCAUCCCUCCCUCCACCCCGCGACUGGCAGAUGCUGCUCCCGGCACUGCUCCGGUGCCUGGGGCUUCCUCGCGCCCUAAGUCUGAGAUAGAUUCCAGACGACAGGCAAGUAACAACCCAGAGAUCCUCUACAUGGAGCUGUGGAUGCUGCCUGUGCUGUUCGGUGAGUGAGCCGGGAGCCCGCGCCCUUGGAUGCCCGCAGGUCGCAUCCGGUCUGGUUCCGCCCACAUCACUCCUCACGGGUGGGGCUCUGUCGUGCCCCUGAAGUUUCCCAGAAUCCUGGAUCCUCCGUGGGCCAGUAUGGGCGGACUCCGGCCCCAAAGGCCCCUUCCCUUCCUGACCCUGGGCCUCGAGGUUCAGCACCCCUCCCCUCCCCUCCGCAGGCCUGGAAGGUGAACUGAUGGCGCUCCACCAGUGGUUCCGGGUCUUCCUCGUGGUGAGCGCGGUCCCAGGAUGCGGAGUCCUGAUCUUCAUUACUGGACCGCCCUUCUACCAGUGUUUUACAAUGCUCCUCAUCGUGGCGAUGACUUUCCAGCUUCGGAUCCGCGACAACCGAGGAUCAUCCUUUCCCCACUUCUCCGAAGCACCACCCCUGCUGUAAAUCGUCUCCACGGUCCCCUAAACCUCAUUUGGCACCUCCGCUGGUCUCAGUGUCUUGCCUGGAUGUAUUACCCUGACCUUCAUCCCAGAGAGGUCAGCAUCCCCUUCUUGGGUCUUGCCUGCUGUACAUUUCCAUGCAACCAACACAGGGCCAGAGAGCAGCAAGAGAAGGCCAAGCAGAACCCGAGACCGCACCCUUCCCUGCCCUCCCUGUCGACACCGAGUCUCCCUCCUCCCGGCCCUCGUGGACGCGGGAGCGCGCCCGGAGCCCGCGGACGCUGGGCGGGAGCCGGGUGCUCCUGGACCGGCUCCCGGAGGAGGAACGCGGCCUGGGGCCUCGGCGACCGCUUGCUGUCGCUUCUGCUGCCAACGCCGAGCAGGAACCCCAGCCCGAACUUCCUCCUGUGGUCCAGCAGAGGCGGGGCAGGUAUGCAAGCCUGGACGUCUGAGCCCGCCCAGAGCAGUGGAAGCUGGGCAAGAGCCCGGUGCUCCUGGACCAGCUACCCAAGGAGGAACGCGGCCUGGGGUCUGGGCCGCCACUUUCUGUCACCUCUGCUGCCUUCACUAGUCAGGAGGCAGGGGCGUCUCCACUGUGUGUGGGAAACCCAAGGUGAUAGGGAAGGUCUACGGCAGCCAGAACACGGUGGUGGGCCAGUGGCCAUGGCAAGCCAGCCUGCUGUACCAGGGGUCGCAUGUCUGUGGAGCCACCCUCAUCAACUCCCGCUGGCUGGUUUCUGCUGCCCACUGCUUUCUCAAGGCCUCUGCUCGAGCCCUUCCGUCUCCAGGAGGGAAAGGGGGGCCUCGUUGAGAACAAGUUCUGCAAUAUGUUAUAUGAACAAAGAGUUGGCCAAGGCAGGAACUACUCUGUGCACGAGGAGAUGCUGUGUGCUGGGGACUUCUCGACAGAAAAAGCCAUCUGCCGCGACUCUGCUGGAGGCACUGAAUUCUGUGGGUGAUUCCGGGGGACCCCUUGUCUGCAACCUCACCGAUGCCUGGGUUCUGGUGGGGCUGGCCAGCUGGGGCUUGGACUGCCGACAUCCCAUCUACCCCAGCGUCUUCACCAAUGUCUCCUACUUCAUUGACUGGAUGGAUGAGAUCCAGAGGCUCACACCGCUCCGUAAUGCCAUGUCUGCGCCUCCUCAGACCCAGUUUCCACACCAGCCUCUGCAAGCUGCUGGCUCACCGGGGCCUGGCACAGGCUUUGUGUCCCCACAGCCUUGGCCCCUGCUGCUGUUUCUGCUCCAGGACCCACGGCAGGCCCUGUGGUGACCUGCCAAGCCCCUCUGCUCCUUCCCUGUGUCUCAGACCCCAGUCUCCUUGCUGGAAUUUUCCAACCCUCCCCUCCCCCAGCCCCAUCAGCUUUCAGAGGUUCCUUCCUGGCUUUCCAGUCCAACAGCUGCCA